CGCUGAGUUUGCCAGUUCAUUUCGUUAGUAGUUAACGUUACAGGAGAUGGCUAAAUAGUUAAUUUACUAGAAAGUUAAGUAGUGAUUAGAUAGCUAGACUAAUUGAAGUGUUGUCUUCCAAUGAUAUGGUGCAAACUCAAGGUCACUUAACUAGCUAGUUAUAUUGGGACACAUCUUGCUAGCUAUAUUUCGAAGGCACAUUUAACUUGCCACGAUGAUAGGAGAGGAAAAUAACUACGUUCACCACCAGUUGGCUAGCUAGUAGUCAUUCGUCAAACAACUUGGCUAGCUACAUGGUUGCUCGCAAACGAAGUGCCAAAACAAUAUUGGAGUGAUAUGCCGAGGCCAGCCGAAAAGAAACCACUGUACUCACAAACGGCUCUAUGAAAACAGCCUCUAUGCCCCCAUUCACUGUUAAGUUGUGCAACUACUGCAGUCAGCAAGGUAACCUUCGCUGUACGCGCUGCAAGAAGACCUGCUACUGCUCAGUGGCUUGCCAGUCAGAGGACUGGAAUGCACACAGGCAUAUGUGCAAGCCCAGUACCCCAGAUACUCCCACAAGUGAUAAGCCAAAGGAAAUCCCAGCUUCACCGAUGGGAAAUGGGCAGAACCUGUCAGACUCCAAGGUGAACAACGGUGAUGUGACUUGCUCCCAGCGAGUGUACCUUCGGGACCUCCGUAAGAAUGACAUCACCAAAGGAAUGGAAAUUCAGGUGUCUGUGGUGGAGCUGCAUAGCCCUGGUAGGUUUUUCAUUCACGUCCAAAGCCCAGAGCUGGUUGAGGCUCUGAGAGCCGUUACUGUGGAACUGCAGAAGACCAACGGUGGCCUGCUAGGGACAAACUACAAGCCCGACACCGGAGAGGUCUGUGCCGUCAAAUACUCCUUGGAUCAGAACUGGUACAGAGGUGUUGUCCAGUCUGUAGCUGCAGAUGAUGGAAAUGCUAAAGUUCUCUACAUUGACUUUGGAAACGAAGAAGAUGUGACACUGGAUCGGAUCAAGCCCCUCGCUGCCAGCAUUGAACCCAUUCCACCAUGUGCUUUGGAGUGCAGCGUCGCCGGGAUAACACCGGUGACUGACAGCUGGAUGGGAGUGUGUUGCAUGGCUGUGAGACAGCUGGUGGCUGGAAAGAGCCUGACACUCACUGUGGUGGACACACAGGAGAAUGACCGCACCUACGCAGUGGACAUCCUGCUGACUCCUAUCGGUACUGUAUCACAGGAAGGCUAUGGAAAACAGCUGAGCACUUUCCUCGUGGACCAAGGUUAUGCUGUGAGGGAGGACGUCAAUAAGAAACGCGCAGAACAGGACGUUGACUCCCUGGUGAGUGCGUCCUUGGAAAACUUCCGCUGCCAGUCGGGGGGUAAGAACAAGAACAUGGAGGCACAGCCACCUGACCCUCUGACCCAGGGACUGGGAGACACCUUCGCUGCCAUGGUGACGCACCUGCAGUCACCUUAUGACAUCAUCUGUCAGAAACUGGACAACGCCAGUGUGAUCCAGGAGCUGCAUCUGAAACUGAGAGACCACUGCUCUCAGGCUCCAGCCAGCCAAAACUUCAGACCUGCCCCUGGCACAGUGUGCUGCUCCCUAUUCUAUGAGGACAACCAGUGGUACAGGGCCAAAGUGCUGGCCUACUCAUCUGAAGAGAAGGUGUGUGUAGGCUACAUUGACUUUGGCAACUCAGAGGAGGUGGAGCUGAGUCGCCUGUGUUCCAUCAGCUCUGAACUCCUAGCCCUGCCAAUGCAGGCCAUCCCUUGUGCCCUGGCAGGAGUGCGUCCCACAGGAGAGGUCUGGUCAGAGGAGACUGUGCUUAUCCUCAGGCGGAUGGUGUGCAACCGAUUCCUGCGGGUAGAGAUCCUGGGCGAGCGGGAGGGUAUGGCGCUGGUGGCCAUGAUCGACGAGGCCAGCGACCCCCAGGGCAAUGUGGCUGAGAUGCUGGUCGCCACAGGUUAUGCCUUGCCUUCCAACCAUCAGGACGAAGAGCCCACCACGAAGGGGCAGGCGGAAGGAGCCUGGACAGAAUCAUCUCAUGUGGCCAAGCCUGCUGUGGCAGAGAAGCUACAGUGGACAUGUGCUGAGCUUCCUACUGAGGGCCAGAUGGUGGCACUGGUGGUCAGUGUGAUGGAGAAUCCUGGAGAGUUCUACUGCUACAAAUAUAACCAAGAAGACCUGCAGGUUCUAGCGGAGCUGGGGGCUGAGCUGAAGCGGCACUGUGAGGCAGACAUCACCCCUUUCACCCCUAGUGUGGGUGAGCCCUGCUGCGCUCUGUUCUCUGGUGAUGGAGCAUGGUACCGUGGUAUGGUGCAGGGUGUGUGGGCUGGCAGUAAAGCCCGGGUGUAUUUUGUGGACUAUGGCAACACCAGUGAUGUCGAACCAGCCCACCUCAGAGCGAUCACACCCAAGCUCCUCAAACACCACUUCCUGGCUAUCCGCUGCUGGCUAGCAGGUGUUGAGCCUCUGAGCCCCCAGUGGAGUGCUGAGUCUAUAGUCCGCUUCCAGGCCCUGUGUGUGGGCCAGCAGCUCCAUGCACGUGUCCUCUUCAUCACAGAGCGAGGCUACGGACUUCAACUGGACAGCAGUGGUCAAAACGUGGCCACCACACUGCUCUCAGAACAGCUGGCCAAAGCCCCUGAACAGAGCCAGGCCCAUGCUAAAUCCGUUCCCACUGUCCCUAAAAUCCCCCAGCAGAAGCCUGCCAUUCAGAGAGACACCACCACUAGUGUGGGACCACCCAAAUCCGCAGCCAAUGAAAAUGAGCCGCCCACUGAGAAGCAGGUCAAGAAAAACAAUCAGAGCAAGGCUAGUGCUCGGCAGCCGGCAAAAGUGUCCAUCCCAUUUGGAUCCGAUGGAACUGCAUCUGCAGACAAAUUCCCUCUGGACUGGAGGACGGUGGAGCUGCCUCGCAAUGAGACCUUCCAGCCUUGCAUAGCAGCCGUUGUCAGCCCCAGUCUAUUCUACCUUUUCAACCCCAGCCAUGUGUAUGUGGAGAGACUGCAGAGUGUGAUGAUGGACUUGGCUGUAUACUGCACCACCAAGGCCUUGCCUAGUCGGUGCAAACCCAUGCCAGGAGCUGCAUGCUGUGCCCAGUUUUCAGGUGAUAAGAAUUGGUACAGAGCCGUGUUCCUGGAGACCACAGAGACUGAGGCCAGUGUUAUCUAUGCUGACUACGGCAACUCCGAGAAGCUCCCCUUCGCCAGCAUUCUGCCCAUCCCCACAGAGUUCCUGGAGCUCCCUUUCCAGAUUGCCCGCUGUGCCCUCACAGGUAAGGAGCAUUUCCCGUCAGUGUGGCCCGUAGAGGUCCUGGAGCUUUUCAGUGCCCUGCUGAGUGACGGCGUGCUGGCCUCUGUCCAGGACUUCGAUGGCAACUCCAACCUGCUGUCAGUCACCCUGCAAAUAGAGCGAGGCGGGGGCCACCUCAACACUAUGAUCCUAGAGGGGCUGCAGAGCACACAAACUGUCAGCGCCAGGACCCGCAGACAGGAGCCAGGCCAGACCAAGACCCCCAUCAUCGCCACAGCUCCAGUCACGCCGGCCACAGCUCCAGUCACGCCGGCCACAGCUCCAGUCACGCCGGCCACAGCUCCAGUAACUGAUUAUGCUGCCCCGACGAAUACUGAACCCAAGGAACCACAGAGCCUAAUUUGCUCAAAAAGUGUGAAUGAUUAUGCCUCUCCAUGCUGCUGCCGGGACUUGGUGCAAAAGAUUGAUCAACUGGAAGAGCACAUUCUGUUCCUCAUGGAGAAAAUAGGUGGAUUGUCAAAGUGACUACCAUACGCAACGAGUACACAACUAUGUUCUAGGAAUAUUCAUGAAUACAUGAAGGUAUUCAGUUUAAGUGAUUUAUGCUUUGCAGUUCAGUUGGGAUGUUCCCUCAAGGGUUUUUGGUGGGUGAAUGUUGCAUCUUGGCUGUGAAAGGUAUUUACAUUAUGGAUAUAAUAUGAUGGAACGGCUCUCUUGAUCAGGACUUAGUUUUAAACUUUGGUUUAAAAUUGCUAAUAUAAUUGUUUUAGGUAUUGUUUAACUGAAAUGUAAUCAUAUUUUACACUUUCAUCAUAAACUAUAUCAUAAUUGUACUUUAAAGAAGUAAGCAAUCUUAGAAUUGUUAUUGUUUUGUGACCAUGUGGUCAGUGCAUCAGUAAUGUUAGGAUGAUUACAUGAUUAUGUGCCUUCUCAUUUAGUGUUCCACCAUCUGUUGAAGAGGCAUGGUUUCUCAUUUACUUGUUUUAAUUCAAGUUCAGUUUGGGAUAUGGAAUGGUUUUGUGACAUUAAAUGAAAGCAUUUACUUGA